AUGCUCAGGCUGCAUCUGGUUUUUGAGACGUCUCUAAAGCCGUCGCCAGGCCCAGAUUCUUCUUCCUCCGUUUCUCCCGCUAUUAUCCCGUUCUUCUACACCGCGCUCUUGCUUCUACCGGUGAUCCUCGUUUUAGUCCGCUUCUAUAUCCGAUCGCGCGUGAAGCGACACUCGUUCGGGUUCUUCCAUCCCUUCACCAACGAUGGGGGAGGCGGCGAGCGAGUGCUGUGGUGCGCCGUACGCGCUAUACAGGAGCUUGAUCCAUCAGCGCAAUGUUUCGUCUACACUGGCGACGUGGCGUCUCCUGAUUCGCUGGCGGAGAGAGCACACAACCUGUUCGGAGUGGUCCUGCCCCGGCCAGUGGAGGUUCUCCGCAAGUCGUACCGCUGUCUAAUAAAAGCUUCCCGCUACCCUCGCUUCACUCUCCUCGGCCAGUCACUUCAGCACUCCCUCUCUCACAAUCCCUGUGCUUCUCCUCCCUUGUCCCCAUUUCAAACCCUGGUCGUCCGCCUGUGCUACCGCCAUCUAGUGGAAGCUUCCCUCUACCCUCGCUUCACUCUCCUCGGCCAGUCACUUCAGCACUCCCUCUCCCACGAUCCCCGUGCUUCUCCUCCCUUGUCCCACUUACUAACCCAGCCGCCGCCCGUCGCCCCGCAGCUUCUUGUCGGGCCGCCGCCCGUCGCCCCGCAGCUUCUCGUCGGGCCGCCGCCCGUCGCCCCGCAGCUUCUCGUCGGGCCGCCGCCCGUCGCCCCGCAUCUUCUCGUCGGGCUGCCGCCCGUUGCCCCGCAACUUCUCGUCGGGCCGCCGCCCGUCGCCCCGCAUCUGCACUUCUACCCCCAUUCCCCUCUUCUCACAGCUGAACAGGUGCAGCAGCGCAGCCGAGCAGCAGUGCAGCAGCACUGCGGAGCAGCAGAGUAG